CGACUCUGUCUUUCUGUUUCUUCCUUCUUUCUUUAUUGAAAAUCUAAAUCCAGUAAAAUAUAUCGUCAAUUCUCGUCAACGCCAUUUGACAACGACAAAUCUGUAUUCGUCGAUCUUGGUUUGGAGAAAUGGCUCGAACAAAGAACACAUGUGUGCCAACACCGGCGGAGGUGGUUUCACAGACAAUCAAUGACGAAGUAGUAGUAGCAUCGGCUGCAGAAGUGGAUUCUGAAGCAACAAAUUCAAUCUCUAACGAUGAUAGAGCGGAUUUUGAGUCUUUAUGUUGUUUCUCGAGUCUUUUUAGUGUCUUUUCAGGUAUUCUAUACAGUGGGACAAUAAUGGAGAUGAGGAGACAUUUUGGAGCAAAAGCUAAGGAAAAGAAAGCUAAGGACGAUUUUGGACUCAAGAAUCAAGAGGAGUGUCGAUCGACACACUCCUGGUGUCGAUCGACACCAGUUUCGGCCCAGCAAAGUCCAUGACGUUUUCAAGUUUACAGAAGAGGAAAUUUGCCCCAAAAGAAUUCCCUAUUUGCAUUAUUACUCCCUAGACGUUUUAUAGGGUUUAUAUACAUUGUUCUAGACCCUAGUUUUCUCUUAUCAAGCUUUUUGCAAAACCCUAUUGUGAGAGACAUAAGCUAUUCAUCCAUUGUUCUUGAGAGAUUCAUUCCAGUUCUUAAUACAGUGAAGAGAUCCCUUC